AUGGCUCCCAGAGGCAUGAUCGCCGUGACAACCGUCCUCCUGUGCUUCAUACUGGGCUUGCUCGGUCCAUCUCCAACUGCCUUGGGUUCCUAUCUGGGCAGAGGCUGUUGCACCCGCUACCAUAGGAAGCCCAUACCCUUCCAGCGCAUCAAGGGAUACAGACAACAAAGCGUCAAUGAAAACUGCCACAUCGACGCCAUCAUUUUCUACACAUUUAAGAAGAAUCAGAUAUGUGCGACACAAAGAGAUGAGUGGGUGAGGAGAAUUCUGAAAUUACUCAGCUCAAGACUGAAGAAGAUGUCCAGGAUCGGCUCUGCUGCAGGUGAAACUGCAAGCGGAUCAUUCGGCCGGACCACAGAAACCUUUCUGAACAGCACCAAACGAUUCUAUUAGCAAGAAUCAGGUGUUGGUCUUUUGGAAUAAAACAAUUUGUGUUAUAGAAAUUUUAAUUCUAGAGAAAGUUUUAGAUAAAUGGAACCUCCUGUAAUCCAGUCGUGUUGGGAAUAUUAUUUCUUUUUUUUAAAAUGCUAAUGACUUUUACUUUCCAAAACAUAUGCAGUGUGCAUGUAAUCAUGAUCUCGAGGGAACCCGAGAAGAACAACAUUGAGACUAUGGAUUUAGAUGAUAUAUUUAGCCACUUAGCAAAUGUUAACAAUGCUUUUGUGACUUUGUUGUUCCAUUGCCUGUAUGAAUCUGCUGCUUAA